UUCUACCAGAGCCACACGGUAUCCAAUCGUGACAACUCCGAUGGGCUGUUGUUGCGACGAAGACGAUGGUGACAUCCUUACGCACCUCGUGAAUUCGAAUUUCUCAUCCCCUUCGUCUCCCGAAACCCUUUCCUCUUUUUCUUCUUCUUCUUCUUCUUGCACCGUUGUAAUCUCACCCAUGAAUUCUCAUUUCCCGGCACUGUCCUCCACCGACAUUCUUCGAAUCAUCUUCCAGAAGCUUCCGAUUCCCGAUCUCGCUCGUGCGAGUUGCGUGUGCCGACUCUGGAACUCGGUGGCCUCCCAAAGGGACAUGGUAACCACAGCUUUUCUUGCUCCUUGGAAAUUGAAGGACGUCGUUGGCAACCCACUCUCUAGAAGCUUCUGGAGAGACAAUUCACUCGCCAAAUUCGCCAUUUCUCAUCGCGUUAUGCGCGGCGACAGCGUUGCUAGUCUUGCCGUCAAGUAUUCCAUUCAGGUAAUGGACAUAAAACGGCUGAACAACAUGAUGAGUGACCACGGUAUAUAUUCAAGGGAAAGGUUAUUAAUCCCUAUUAGUAAUUCUGAUAUCCUUGUUGACAGAACAUGCUUUAUUGAGCUGGAUGUUUAUGCUAAACGAGAAGUAGCAGUGUUGUAUCCCAACGAUGUACCGGACAGGAGGACGACCUAUGUAUCAAACAGAAUUUCCUCUGAAGAAAGCAACAAAAAGGUGCGUGAUUCCUUGAAGAGAAGCAUGCAGGUUGAUAAUGAAACUGCUCAAUACUACUGGUCUGUUGGAAAUGGUGAUCCACGAGCUGCUUUUGCCGAAUUUUCCGCCGACCUUCAGUGGGAUAGGCAAGCAGGGCAUUCCUAGUCUUUCUGAAGGUUCUACCCCAGUAUGGAAUAAUUAAGAGGUUGGUUGGCAGGAAAAUGGAUAGCAAAUGAUAAGAGAUUGGUUUCCAGGCAAAUGGAUAAUAAAUAGUUGAGGCUGUGUGGCUGGAAAGUGCUUUGCUUCCAUUGGUCUCCUCUUAAAAAAUCUAUUCAGAUUCCUCUGAAAUACUGCUUGUUGUUAAUAGACUAUCAUAUUUGCUCUUCUCCAUUGCAGAUGAGCCUAAAGUCAUAUACUGCUGUGUGAUAGAUUUCAGCCACUAAUGUGGUGAAGUGUGUCCAGAAUCUGGGUUAAUUGUAAUUUGUUAUAAAUAUUUAUGAAAGAAGUUGAUGCAUUUAUUUCUAUCUGGUCAUCUAUGCUUAAAUUUAAUACAGAAACUUUGCAACUUCUUAGCAUCCUCAUAUUUGCCGCUACGGAUCAGAAUUUAUGCCAAGAAUAGGUUGG